GUUUGGGUACCGCAGCUGGAAAAAUGGCAGCUGAUUCAGGGAGAUACAGGAGUGCUGUUAGCAAAAACAAAGACCCUUCUGGUCUCCUCAUCUCUGUGAUAAGGACUCUGUCCAGCAGUGAUGAUGUGCAGGACAGAGAGACGGAGAAGGGUCGUCUGGAAGAGGCCUUUGAGACAUGCGACAGGGAUUUAGAUGAGCUGAUCGUUCAGCAUUAUGCAGAACUCACCACUGCCAUUCGGACCUACCAGAGCAUCACAGAGCGCAUCACCAGCUCCCGCAACAAGAUAAAACAGGUAAAGGAGAACCUCCUCUCUUGUAAGAUGCUUCUACAUUGCAAAAGGGAUGAGCUGAGGAAGCUGUGGAUAGAAGGCAUCGAGCACAAGCAUGUCCUCCAGCUGCUGGAUGAAAUUGAAAGCAUCAAGCAGGUGCCUCAACGGCUGGAGUCCUAUAUGACAAGCAAACACUACCUUCAUGCCACGGAUAUGCUGGUGUCAGCUGUGGAGUCAUUGGAAGGCCCCUUGCUGCAGGUGGAAGGACUUGGAGAUCUGCGGUUGGAGCUCCAUAGCAAGAAGCUCAACAUCCACCUUGUUCUCAUUGAUGAACUACACCGACACCUCUACAUCAAAUCAACAAGUCGCCUGGGACUCAAAAACAAGGACAAAAAUGCUGCCCGCCUUCUAAGCUCCACUACCAGAGACUCCUCUCCAGUGCCUGUGUUGGAUGUCAGCAGCCUGUCCACCCCACGCAAGCUUUUGGAUUCAUCACAGUUCAGCACGCCUGGAUCAAGUGGUGUGCGUGAGGAUGUGCGAGAGCUGAACCAAGCUGACCUAUCUGAGGUUGAUCCAGAGGAGAACAGUGCUGAGUUCAUGGGCAUCCUCAUCAAGGCUCUGGCCAAGCUGAAGAAAAUCCCAGAGACAAUUAAAGCCAUAAUGGAGCGGCUGGAGCCUGAGCUGAAACAGAUUGUUAAGAGGUCCACUACUCAGAUAGCAGACCAUGCCUAUCAGAGAGGAGAGAACCUGGCCCAGGAGAGCCAACCAAGGUUGUUGCUGGAGCUGCUGGAGCUGUUGUUUGAUAAGUUUAAGGCAGUGGCCCAGGCUCACAGUGUGGUGUUGGCCCAUCUGCAGCAGAUUGCGGUGCAGUGUCCGGGCGGGGCCCACGAGGAGGGCAUCAAGCUCUAUGAGCAGGCGGACGUCUCUGCAAAGAUCCAGACAGUGCUGCAGGUUCUGCUCAUGGAGUAUCUCGAUGUGAAGAACAGCCGUAGUGCCACUGAGCCUUCAGCUCAACUCUCCUACGCCAGCACCGGCAGUGAGUUUGCUGCUUUUUUCGCAAAGAAGAAACCACAGCGUGCCAAGCAGUCUCUUUUCAAGUUUGAAUCAUCUUCCCAUGCCAUCAGCAUGAGUGCCUACUUGAGAGAGCAGAGGCGAGAACUCUACAGCAAGAGUGGAGAAUUACAAGGCGGUGCUGAUGACAACUUGAUUGAAGGAGGAGAAAUGAAGUUUGUUUGCAAGCCCGGUGCGAGGAACAUCACUGUGAUCUUCCAGCCUCUUCUCAGAUUCAUCCAGGAGGUAGAGAUGAACAUGGGGCCAGGCCAGGCAAAGCAGUGCCAGCUCCGUGCCUUCCUCACUUACUACAUCAAUGACCUCUUUCUUAACCAGGUGCGAACAGAGAUCAACAAAGACAUUGAGACAGUGAGUAAGACGGCUGACCCACUGAAGAUCCUUGCAAGCGCUGAUACCAUGAAGGUUCUUGGCGUCCAGAGACCCGUGCUGCAGAGCUCUUCUGUCGGUGUGCCUGGUUUUCUCACAGGGAGGGAACAGCGGUGGCAGUUCAUUACAGAGAGAGAGACCGUGGGCGUUGGGAGUUCAGCGGGGUUUGUUUACAGCUUGGGCCCCCUCCUUAACGAGGAGUGCAGCAUCUUGCUAAUUAUGCUGCUGUGGCUAAUGAGCCUUUCUGCUGAUACAUUUACUGAGCUGAUAAGUCCUCAGUAG